AUGAGGUUCAAGUUCUCGAUCCUCGCUCUUCUUCUACAAGUGGCCAUCAUUGUUUUGUUUGGGAUAUUUGUGGAAUAUGGAACUGACAACAGUUUUUUUCUUUCAGUCUUUCAGGAUGUCCAUGUGAUGAUAUUUGUUGGAUUUGGCUUCCUGAUGACCUUUCUGAAGAAAUAUGGAUUCAGCAGUGUUGGUAUCAACAUGCUCAUUGCAGCCUUUGGUCUUCAGUGGGGCACCCUGAUGCAAGGAUUUUGGCAUAUGGAAGCAGGGAAAAUUUUUGUUCGUAUUGAUAGCAUGAUAAAUGCGGACUUCAGUACAGCAACUGCUUUGAUUUCAUUUGGAGCAGUCCUGGGGAAAACAAGCCCUGUUCAGAUGCUGAUCUUGACAAUUCUGGAGAUCACAAUUUUUGCAUGCAAUGAACAUCUAGUAACAGAAAUAUUUCAGGCCACAGAUGUUGGAGCCUCGAUGACUAUCCAUGCUUUUGGAGCUUAUUUUGGUUUGGCCGCAAGCCUGGUUUUAUAUCGUCCUGGUUUGAAAAACAAGCAUGAAAAUGAAGAAUCUACCUAUCACUCCGACUUAUUUGCCAUGAUUGGUACCCUGUUCCUUUGGAUUUUUUGGCCCACUUUUAACUCCGCCAUUGCAGCUCAGGAUGACAGGACUAAAGCAAUUAUCAACACUUACUACUCCUUGGCUGCAAGUACUGUCGUAACGUUUGCCCUCUCCAGCCUGGUGGAUAAAAGAGGCAAAUUCAGCAUGGUUCUUGUUCAAAAUGCCACCCUGGCAGGAGGAGUAGCAGUGGGUACAUGUGCAGACCUGUUAAUCCACCCUUUUGCUGCUAUGUGCAUUGGGGCAAUUGCUGGAAUCAUCUCUGUCCUCGGAUUCCAUUUCCUGACUCCUGUUUUGGCAUCCAAGCUGAACAUUCAUGAUACUUGUGGAGUCCAUAAUUUACAUGGUUUACCUGGAGUACUGGGAGGUAUUGCAGGCAUCGUAGUAACCGCGAUACAAAGUAAAAGUGGGAAAGGUGUCCUGCAUACCCCUGGCAUGCAGGCUGCUGCCCUUGGCAGUACAAUUGGAAUUGCACUGGUUGGUGGUGCAUUGACAGGUGCUAUUCUAAAGCUGCCCUUCCUGGGACAAGUAUCUGACAAGAACUGCUUUGAUGACUCUAUUUAUUGGGAGGUUCCAGAAGAAGAGAAACUGCAUGCAGUUCACUCCAACAACUAUGAUGAGCACAGCAGAUUUGAAGCUACCAUGUAG